GUGAGCGGUCCCUUUAAAUAUUAUUGUUUUUAGGGUGAUAAAAUCCGGUCUAAGGACUGUAAGGCUAGACGGUUCCUACCUCUAGAGAUAGAAACCGACCUCACGAUGGUUAUGGCCCUAGAUGACUUCUGUAUGGCCUGCGGUCCAAGUCGUACCAAGAAGCACAGUUCAGAUGUCGAGGCAUUCAUGAGAAAUUAUAAAGGGUUGGAAAAGGAUGAAUUGACCGCUUGUCUGAUGGUGACCUGGGAAGAUGUUCUCAAUGUGAUGGGCCAAACGGUCAACUGUGUGGGUUGCAGGAGAUCAAUUGAAACCUUGUACCACUCACUUCGAGACUGCAGUGAUGCAUCAAUGGAUCCUGUUAUUGUAACUCCGGAGGGAUUUAUCUCAAUCAACAGAGAGCAUAUUGAUGCGCCCGGUGGAUUGGCUACACUCUUCUGUGAACAAAUACCAAGAUUGACCCAGCGACAUGUAGACGAACCUAAUGGAAAGAAGGUUGUGGCAAGACGAGGGGGGCGAUGCCCCUCCCACACCCUAGGACAGAAAAGUCCUAUCAGGUAA